GCGCGUUCUCACCGGGUCGUCAGCCCAGAGUCAGGAGGAUGCGAAGCCAGCCCCCUCGCCGCCAGCCGCCAGCCGCAGUGUUUCGUAGUUAGGCGUCCCUGCACAGAGCUGUGCCCUUUCAGAGUUCUUCUGCAGUUACAGUGAUGUGGGUUCUCACAUGAAUAUGAUGCUUUGCAUGUUUGAAACUGCCAUCAUCAGGUGAGUGCCACAAGUAGAACACUUGGAGGCUUUCAAACACAGUUUCUCGAAGAAAAUGAAUUUGGCCGAGAUCUGUGAUAAUGCUAAAAAAGGAAGGGAAUAUGCACUUCUCGGAAACUAUGACUCCUCCAUGGUUUAUUACCAGGGUGUCAUCCAGCAAAUUCAAAGACACUGUCAAUCCAUCAGAGACCCAGCACUGAAGGGCAAAUGGCAGCAGGUUCGGCAAGAACUAUUGGAAGAAUAUGAACAAGUAAAGAGCAUUGUCAACACUUUAGAGAGUUUUAAAAUAGACAAACCUACAGAUAUUCCUAUAUCUUAUCAAGAUGAAAAUUUUAGGGAUCCAACUGUUUGGCCACCUCCUGUUCCAGCUGAGCACAGAGCCCCACCUCAAAUAAAACGACCCAAUCGAGAAGUGAAACCUCUGAGGAGAGAAUCGCCAGGAUUGCAGCGUGGACCUGUGGGCAGAGCUCAACCAAUCUCAAAAAAUGAAAAACCUGCCAGCAGCCGAGAAAGGGAAUCUAGAGCAAAAGGAAAAGAUGAAAAGGGAAAGAAGAUCCCCCAGGACGGUGCCGGUGAUGGUGAAAUUCAGAAGUUUGAUGGAGCAGGAUAUGACAAAGAUCUGGUUGAAGCUCUCGAAAGAGACAUCGUGUCAAGGAAUCUAAGUAUUCAUUGGGAUGAUAUAGCAGACUUGGAAGAAGCCAAAAAAUUAUUAAGGGAAGCAGUUGUUCUUCCAAUGUGGAUGCCGGAUUUUUUCAAGGGGAUCAGGCGACCUUGGAAGGGAGUGUUGAUGGUUGGCCCUCCCGGGACUGGUAAAACCAUGCUAGCAAAGGCUGUCGCUACAGAAUGUGGAACGACUUUCUUCAACGUAUCUUCCUCCACUCUGACAUCGAAGUAUCGAGGCGAGUCUGAAAAGUUAGUUCGCUUGUUGUUUGAAAUGGCCCGAUUUUAUGCACCCACAACCAUUUUCAUUGACGAAAUAGACUCCAUCUGUAGCCGCAGAGGCACCUCUGAUGAACAUGAGGCAAGCCGUCGGGUCAAAUCUGAGUUGCUUGUUCAGAUGGAUGGAGUAGGCGGGGCUCUGGAAAACGACGACCCUUCGAGAAUGGUGCUGGUGCUGGCUGCUACAAAUUUUCCCUGGGACAUUGACGAAGCUUUGAGAAGGAGGCUGGAGAAAAGGAUCUAUAUACCAUUGCCAACAGCAAAAGGCCGAGCAGAGCUGCUUAAGAUUAAUCUUCGGGAAGUAGAACUGGAUCCUGACAUCAGCCUGGAAGAAAUUGCUGAGAAGAUCGAAGGCUACUCUGGUGCUGACAUCACUAAUGUUUGCAGGGAUGCUUCUUUGAUGGCAAUGAGGCGGCGCAUUAAUGGCUUAUCCCCAGAAGAGAUCCGUGCGUUAUCUAAAGAAGAGCUUCAGAUGCCUGUUACCAAGGGAGACUUUGACCUGGCUCUGAAGAAAAUCUCCAAGUCUGUUUCAGCAGCAGACCUGGAGAAAUAUGAGAAGUGGAUGUCAGAAUUUGGAUCUGCUUAACAGACAUCAUCUCACAAAGGAUUUUAGCUUUUCAGUUAUAAAAUAUUACAAAGACUUAGAAAUCUUUUAAGGCUUGAGUUUUUCCUACGGACAAGGACCCUUUUAAACUUUUUUUGCACUUUAAAGGGAACAAAAUAAAAUGUUACACAAUGAAA